UGGCUCGGGUCGGGUCAACUCGAUCCUAAGAUCCUAAACGAGUCAAUAAUCCGGAAGUGGAGUUUAGUGUAGUCAAAUGAAAAAUGCCGUCAUCAUACAUUAGGAGAGGCAGCCUGUGGUAAAGCCAGCUGGAGUAUGAGGAACUGAACCAGGGCAGAGGAAAUGACUUCUCGCUGCAAUAUGUCACUGUGGACACAGUGACUAACAUUAGCAGCUGUUGUGGAUAACAGAACAGUGCCGGGGGGGGGUAAUGGGAUCCAGAGGUGGAGGUGCUGGGUAGCAAACACAGAUGUGCUGUGAAUGUGACACCGAAGGAAAUACAGGGGUGGCUCGACUAGCAAAUGUUAGCUAGCUAGCCAGCUAGCCGGUCAGUGUUGCAGCUUGAUGUGAGCUUCAUUUCCUUUAACGGCGCGAGCCGUACCAACUCGUUCAGAACGGCGCGAGGUGAGUGACUGGCUUCAGCUGCUACGUCCAUGGCUUCACGGUCACAACGGCUCAUGAAUGGAAAACCUUCACUGCUGCUGCUUACAUGCCGUUAGCCAGCUAGCUAGCUAACAGCAUAACGGGAUGAUUGCUGAAGGGUAAUAUCCAAGGAGUCACAUUCCCUCAACCCAAAAGGACCCCACUUCCCCCUUUUUUUGCUUUCAUCUGCAGUUUUUCAACUUCCCCUUGGUUGACUUUGCGUGUCCUAUCUCGGCUAGUUUCCCUGUCUGUAAGGGAUUUCAUGGAAUGCAUGCAUUCCACAGUAGGAUCACGUGAAUUCAUUUAAAUUGGACAAUUCUCCUGACACCCUUCUGGCCAAAAGACAGGAUAACUUUAAAAUGUGAAAAGAAUUACAAUGUGAUCUGAUAUCAACUUCCUGCCCAUCUGAGAUUGCUAUCUCAGUCUGUAGGAUUCUCCCUUUGGUUCCGUCACUGGUUCCCUACCUGCAGCCUUUUCCACACCCCCAUCCCUUUCCUAGUGUCAUUGGGCCAUGGUUCGCAAGAAAGGUUCUCUUAUACUAUGCGGUGCUUUCCUGUUUGUCGCCUGGAAUGCUUUGCUUCUACUUUAUCUUUGGGGUCGUCCUCCCAUCGGCCGCCUAGGAGAAGGUGGUGGAGCCGAACCAGGAGGAAAGGAGGAGUGGGGCGUGGGCAUUGGGAAAGGAGGCCUGGCCGAAGAGGUGAUCCGGCUGGCAGAGGAGGUUGAAAUUCAGCUCGAGACCCAGAAAAGGCUACUGAAGCAGAUUGAAAGUAACAGGGCAGUGUGGGCUCAGCAGAAAGAUGUUGGGAAAAGAGAAACGGAGGAUACAAAAGAAGUCAAACAAGAGGUUGUCCAUCAGCCACAGAAACUUUCACUUCCUCUAAAAGACAUAGUGGAUGAUAGUGACCAAACUCGAGUAAAACCUACACAGAAGCCUGUUCAUACAGAAGCUUCAGACUCUAAGUUAGAACAGCACCAGGCCAUUGAAAUAAAGGAAAAUAUUGGUGAGAACAACAAAUUGGCGACUUCCAUUAGCACCCCAGAAGUCGUCAUUCCCAUUCUAGUUAUUGCUUGUGACAGAGUGACGGUAAAACGGAGCCUGGACAGACUGAUACAGUACCGCCCUUCUCCACAACUUCAUCCAAUAAUUGUCAGCCAGGACUGCGGCCACGCAGAGACAGCUCGCGUGAUUGGCUCAUAUGGAGAUCAAGUGACGCACAUAACCCAACCAGACUUGUCGGACAUCAGAGUGCGGCCAGAGCACAGGAAGUUCCAGGGCUACUACAAAAUUUCCCGACAUUACCACUGGGCUCUCGACCAAGUGUUCAACACGUUUUCUACUGUGGUCAUAGUGGAGGAUGACCUGGAGGUGGCCCCGGACUUCUUUGAGUAUUUUCGAGCGCUGUACCCGAUCUUGCACGCUGACCCCACCCUGUGGUGUGUUUCUGCAUGGAACGAUAACGGCAGAGACGCUUUGGUGGAUCCAUCCAAAGCCGAGCUCCUCUACAGAACAGACUUCUUCCCCGGUCUGGGCUGGAUGAUGCUGAAGGAGAUGUGGGAUGAACUGGAACCCAAAUGGCCCUCGGCCUUCUGGGACGACUGGAUGCGUCAACCCGAUCAGCGUAAAGAGCGAUCCUGCAUCCGGCCCGAAGUCUCCCGGACUAUCACUUUUGGCCGUAAAGGCGUCAGUUUAGGUCAAUUCUUUGACCAGUACCUUCGCUAUAUUAAGCUAAACACUGAAUUUGUGCCUUUUACCAAACAGGAUUUGUCUUAUUUGCUAAAAGAGAAUUAUGAUGAAAAGCUUUUAAAAGAGGUUUACAGCGCCCAACUGGUGAAGAUUGAGGAACUGCAACAAGGGGGUAGCUUAAGAGGCCCUGGACCGUUCAGGGUGCAGUACUCAAGCCGGGACACUUUUAAAGUCUUUGCUCGAAAUCUGGGGGUGAUGGACGACUUGAAAUCUGGAGUUCCUCGUACAGGUUACAGGGGUGUAGUCAAUUUCCUGUACCGGGGUCGAAGGGUGUUCUUGGCUCCACCAGAGGGCUGGACGCAGUAUGACGUCAGCUGGAGCUGAGACACUGAUCCAGACUGGACAAUGUGAAUGGUGUUGAAGAGGGGAGACAGCCUUACUCAGAGGAACACCCUCUCAGACCAAAGAAUAUCAGCAGACGCAGUGGUUCAUGAAGGAAUUAGAGUGGAGAUGGGACAGCAAGUGUUGACCCAGGCCUGUUAGGGAAGCUUCUUACAUAGGAUCAGCAAGUUCAACGGCCACACAGACUUCACAGAGAGUUAAACGUUUCCAUCCUUAAACACUGUUUCUAAACAGCUAUUGGCAACGUGCCUUGCUUUCUGGGCCCAUUUUAGUUUGGUUUAUUUUGUAUUCCUGUGAAGAACGGGCCAAAUGUAGACUUAACAUCACAUUCAGGUGCGUGCAGCAGCUGUAAAUGGAGUUUGGUAGCAGGAAGGGCAUGUUUCAGUGAUGAUACACUGGAGGCCAAAAACAAGCUGAAUGAUCAUCUCUAGAACUUUGGAGGAAAAGCAGUGUUAUGUUUAAAAUCUUGGGUCAUCUUUUAACAUUUUGCAAUGUUUUUGAAAGAAGCUGUUGAAAUUGAUCCAAGUCUUCAGAUCAUGUUACUGUUGAACUAAUCUGAAGCAUGGCUUUGUGCUGAGGAAAAUGAAAACAAUUGUAAACAAAGCAGAAGUCAUUAUAUGAAGCCAUAGCCCUGAUGGUUAACAUUAACGAUGAAAGGCUUCUUCAGCAAUUAUACAGAGAGAAGGAAAUGCAGAAGAAGCAGAAACAUCAACUUCCUAAAUGACCAUAGGCCUGAUCCAGGACCAACAAACUCCUAUGACUGUCCUGGAACUGUGAGCAUCGUAAGACGCCUAUAAGGUGGCUGCUAAAUAACCAGAAACAUGAUUUAAUCAGGCCGAGCAUGGAGUCAUCUGUUGACGUCAGUACAAACCAUGUAGGAUUUCCUUUCCCCUCUUCAGGAGCGAGCUGUUUGAUUUCGGGUUAUUGCUGUAAUAUAGCUUGCAUCUACCAGUGGCAGCAGUGCACUCCAGUCAAUGAGCAAGGAUGACAGCAUUUAUGACUUUACAUGGUUUGUAUUGAUUGUAAUGGAAGGGAGCUUUGUUGGUCGAAGUAAAUAAUGUUUUUGUAACUUUACACCCCUGUAGCUUAUAGAUCGCUUAGAAGAUCUACCAUCGAGUUUGUAUUACGUUGUUUGUAACACAUUUCAUGAGCUGCUCAUCAGAAUCGGCUUUAUCGGCCCAGUACAGUUUGGGUACACGCAUAAGGACAUUAGUCUCCGGGUUUAAGUUGCUCUCCAUGUACUUACACACAGUUCCAAGAACAAUUUACAGGAAGUUAGAAUUAGACGUGCAGCUGAACAAAGAUAGAUUAAACACUUCUUGUUAAGACCUCUGUAUGCUUCAAAUGAAGUAGAUGAGACCACGUUUACAGGCACAAGUGUUAAAAGUUAUUCCAACGGCCACAGACACCUUUAGACGACCGGACUGCACUUUGUUAGAAGCAUACCGAGGCCUUUAUGGUUGAGCUCCCGCUCAAGCUGGUCUAUGAAGUCCGAUUAUUGUUUUUAUCUUUUGGUAAUGUAAUGUAUUUAAUGUUUCUAAAUAGCCAAGUUUAAACUCCAGUCAAUGUGAUGGUUGAAGAGAAUUCCCUUUUACUUUUAGAGGGUUAGAGAAUCUGCAUUUCACUUUCUUCUGGUGAGAGAACGUGGCGUCUAAAUCUGUAGAAGGAAAUCGUUCAUAUGAAGGGUGAAAUUAUAAUGGUAAGGCUGUUUUGAAAAUAUUUAACGUUCUUUGAACUUGAAGUUCUAACAAGUUUGCAAUGCUGCAAAUGAGAUGUAAACUGAUUCUACUGAUUUUACUGAUGAUCACUCUGAAGCCCGAUGCAGGGCGAGUUGUAAUCACAUGACAUCCAAACCAUGGUUUGGUCCUCUUAGGUUUGUUAAAAAACCACUGAUUGUUUGACAGUUUCUAUUUGUUUGUGCAACAGGAAGGCUGUGGAGUGGCUGGAGAAAUGAUUAUCACUGUACUGUAAUUAGCGUUGGGAGAAUAUCCACAAGAUUGAUUGAUUCCCAUGUCUGUAUGGUGAUGUGUAAAAGCCACUGCCUGAUGUGUUUAUAACUUUAAUACAGUAUAAAUAAAAUCAACUAUUUUGAUAUUUGCUCACAUGCUGAA